GGUCUCCCGCUGAUAAUUGAAAGAAGAAAAAUCAAAACACCGUUUCUCUGCCUCUCUGUAAUUAUUCAAUUUCAACUCCUGCACAAAAAAAGAAAAGAAAAAUGGCAGUAGUAACCGCACUAACCAAAUCGCUGGGGCAACACUGCGCGAAAAGAUUGAAACCUUCCAUCUUUCCUCACAAAUUUCCUUCUAAUCACUCUCAGUGCCAAUUCCAAAUACUCAGAACUCUGAUUUUGGAACCCUCUUUAUCCGAAUCUGUCAAGCUCCACCGCCUCCCCGACUCCGAUUCCGGAAUUGUUGAGGUUAAUUUGGAUAGGCCUGGAGCCAGAAAUGCAAUUGGGAACGAUAUGUUGAGAGGCUUGCGCCAGGCCUUCGAAGCUAUCGAUGGAGAUUCCUCUGCUCAUGUAGUUUUGAUCUCUAGCUCAGUUCCCACUGUUUUCUGCGCUGGCGCGGAUUUAAAGGAACGAAAGAAAAUGACUGCUUCUGAGGUUCAUUCAUAUGUCAACUACUUGCGAUCCACUUUCUCAUUAAUAGAGGAACUUCAAAUUCCUACUAUUGCUGUUAUUGAGGGUGCAGCGCUGGGUGGAGGACUUGAAAUGGCUCUGUCAUGCGAUCUUAGGAUCUGCGGGGAAAAUGCAAUAUUGGGCUUGCCUGAAACAGGACUUGCCAUAAUUCCUGGUGCAGGUGGGACUCAAAGACUUCCUAGAUUGGUUGGAAAAUCAAUAGCAAAGGAACUUAUAUUUACUGCUCGGAGAAUUGGUGGCAGGGAUGCAAUGUCUAUGGGUCUUGUCAACUGCUGUGUUCCUGCUGGUGAAGCUCAUCCCAAAGCUUUAGAAAUUGCUCGGGACAUAAAUCAGAAGGGUCCAAUAGCAAUAAGGAUGGCAAAGAGGGCUAUAAAUGAGGGGCUUGAGAGAGAUAUGACCUCGGCUUUGGAUUUGGAAGAAGAGUGCUAUGAACGGCUUUUAAAUACAAAAGAUCGCUUGGAAGGCUUAGCAGCAUUUGCUGAGAAGCGGAAGCCAAGAUAUAAUGGCAAGUAGAUUAAUGAAAACAUGUUUGUUCCCAAAUUAGAAGAGAGGAAUAUAAUUUAAGAGCCUUUACUAUCGACAACUCGUGUUGUUACCAAAGAAGGUAAUCAGCUUAUGAUGUUCCUGAAUUUCCAGCUAAUGUUUUGUCACAUUAUGCUAGGUAAGGUAUUUUUUGCUUUCAUCAUAAAGGUAGUUUACGAAAUUGUCGUGUUUGUAGUAUGGCACCAACUUUGGCUUCAAGAAUUAAAGCCUACAAGUCAUAAGGUAGCAACUGUGUCCUUUGUUCUCUGGAUGAGAAGUUUGAUAAUGACACAUGCACGAGCUGAUUCAGGUGACAUUUAGAGUAAGGAUUCUAGUUGCAUGGAUGGCUCCUUAAUUUAUUUUGUCAAUACUGCAAAAGCCAAGGACAGUUCAGUGAUAAGCUUGUGAUAACUCUUCCGUGUAAAGAUCAUUUUAGAAAUACAGUCUCAACUUUUUGUGAAACUUACUCUGACCAAAUUGAUGUUUUGUACUUUCCAUUCUUGUUAAUAUCUGAAGUUCAUUUUAAGGAAGGCAGUGAUAGAUACCAUAACAAAAUCACCUUUGAUGAGUUUUC